CAUACAUCACCAUGCGAAAAUAAUAAAAUAUCCUUUCCUAUAUUCACCCGAUUUGACAUGGUAUGAGAGCAGCCAUAGUCUGGGACCGUCCACUGCACGUACCGCCGUCAUCAAGCAUGGCCGGAGAAACAGAGAACCAUGGUGACGGACAUCGACAGGAACGACGGAAAAUAAAUGAUCAGUGGCAGCAAGGAGGCAGCAACACGGGUUUGCAUAAACCGGGCUUUACGGAUGAGCAGUGGCAGACUCUUCUCAAACUAAUGGAAAAUUGUAAGACCACUCCUAUUGAAGAAAAGCUCUCAGGUAUGAAAAUUCAUAAUGAAUGGAUCUUAGACUCCGGUGCAUCCUAUCACAUGACCGGAAACGAUGGUAAACUAAGGAGAAUGACAAAAAUUGAUCCAGUAGUCGUGACUCUUCCUAAUGGUGUUAUAUGGAUGAAUGCACGGUUGACUUUAAAUGAUGUACUGCUAGUACACGGGCUACAGUGCAAUCUUAUUUCACUUGCACAAUUAAUUGAUAAACGGAAAUGUGAUAUAUUUUUUACUAAUGAUUUAUGUGUAAUACAUGACCUACUUACGAGGAUGCCGAUCGGAGUGGGUGAUCGACGAGGGGGAGUUUAUUACUUUCGGAGUCGGGACCGUGCACAAGUCCAUGCUGUGGCAGGGAUGGCUUAGGUGAUUUGUGGCAUUCACAAUUGGGGCAUCCGUGAGUAAAAGUUCUGCGUUUAGUUAAUUGUUUGAAUAAAGCAGAAUUACAAUCUGUUCAGAAUAAAGCCUGUGAUGCAUGUUUACGAGGCAAACAAAUUCGUGAUAUUUUUUCUAUUAGUAGUGCACGUGUUGUUGAACCUUUUGAGCUAAUUCAUUGUGAUGGUUGGGGUCCAUAUCGUUUUCCCUCUACUUGUGGAGCUCGUUAUUUCUUGACUAUAGUUGAUGAUUUUUUUAG